CCCUUUUAUUUGUAACGCCUGCCGCACAGUAUGAGGGAAAUACGCAAGAUUUGCUGGUGAAGGAGUUCCUUGUGGAGGUCGCGCACGCGCCCAAUGAUUGUGGCUCAUUUUUUCACGUGGGAUACGGCUGCAGACUGUCUCUGAAAGAUCACAAGUGUGUCCAGAUCUUACGCACACGGAGACAUGGCAUUUAGGAAAUUUCUCCCCUUGUUCGACCGCGUGUUGGUGGAGAGGCUAGCUGCUGAGAUGGUGACAAAAGGCGGCAUCAUGCUUCCAGAGAAGUCCCAGGGCAAGGUCCUGCAGGCCACUGUGAUGGCCGUGGGGCCAGGGUCUGUAAACAAGGACUUCUAUAACUGGCCGGAUGAGUCCUUUGAUGAGAUGGACAGCACGCUGGCCGUUCAGCAGUACAUCCAGCAGAACAUUCGCUCAGACUGCUCCAACAUUGACAAGAUCCUCGAGCCCCCUGAGGGACAGGAUGAGGGGGUGUGGAAAUACGAGCACCUCAGACAGUUCUGCCUGGAGCUCAAUGGACUGGCUGUCAAAUUGCAGAGUGAGUGUCACCCAGACACCUGCACCCAAAUGACAGCCACAGAGCAGUGGAUCUUCCUGUGUGCUGCACACAAGACCCCCAAAGAGUGUCCUGCCAUUGACUACACAAGGCACACACUGGAUGGAGCUGCCUGCCUUCUCAACAGCAACAAGUAUUUUCCCAGCCGCGUGAGCAUCAAAGAGUCCUCCGUAGCCAAGUUGGGUUCGGUGUGUCGGCGGAUCUACAGGAUAUUUUCCCACGCCUAUUUCCACCACCGCCAGAUAUUCGACAAGUAUGAGAAUGAGACCUGCCUGUGUUUCCGCUUCACACGGUUUGUGAUGAAGUACAGCCUGAUGUCCAAGGACAACCUGAUCGUUCCCAUCUUGGAGGACGAGGUGCAGAACGCCCCCACAGGGGAGAGCGAGGCCUGAGCCGUACGCAACAUCGCACAAACUGACCUGUUGUACAUACUUGACCCCCUGUAUAUACCCCACCCCCCCUGUACAUACCCAACCCCUCUGUAUAUAUUCCACCCCCUAAAAUCAUGUCCCUACUGUGGCCUAGCCUUUUAUCUGUCUGUCUCUCUCUUCCUUACUGUAUCUCUGCCUUCUUUUAUCAUUAAGUUAUUGUAUGUUUGGUGUGUGUGUGUGCGCACGCACACACGUGUAUGUGUGUGUUGCAGGGGCCACUCCUGGAAACAGUCCGACCAACCCACUUUUUUAAUUUUCUUUUUUAUGAACUAAAUGUUAUUUAAUUAUAUCUGUUAAUAAAAUUUCACAUUGUUUCCCAGAAUGGCCUCCUGGUGAUUGUGACAAAGUGGUUUGUCCAUCUCUUUCAGAGUUCCUCUAUCAGGUAUUCUAUGUUAGCACAGUUUUCAUAACUAAUGUAGUGAUUUCCUUAUGUUUAAGUAAGUGAUUUCUGAAGUACAUGGGCGAAAAGGGAGUGGUGCAGUUUUGUUUGACACCAUUUAAAAAUGCACUUCUACUGUGCAAAAUAUUGCCUGGAGAUAAAAAAAAAUUAUCAAUGUGUGACUACUGUAGUAUCGCAUAAAUUCACCCCUGGCAUUGUGGUCACUUUCACAUCACCCCCAAUUGACCCUCACUGACCACAGGUUUCAAUUAGGCAAUCUGCAGUUCAUCCCAAGUGGAUGCUUCUGUUAUGUCAGUAAAUUGCCAUUGUAAUUCCACACUUGCCAAGAAGAUGGAUAUAAAACACUAUGUCACUGUUCAUGACAAUAAUUACAAUGACAAUAAUUACAAUAAUAAUAAUAAACUUUAUUUAUGUAGCACUUUUCAUACAGCAAUUGCAGCUCAAAGCAGAAAGCUCCCUCACCACCUUUUCUUUUUUCAACCUUUGGGAUAUUAAGUAGGGCACCAUUAUAAAAUUUAAGGGUAUGUAUGCAGGUGCUAGAACAUUAAGAGCUUUAAAAACAUGUUAAAACAACCUUAAAACCAAUUAUAAAGGAGACUGGGAGCCAAAGAAGUGCAGCCAGAACUGGAGUAAUGUGCUCUCUCUUUCUGAUUCCGGUUAAGAUUUUACCAGCAACAUUCUCAACAAGUUGGAAUCUGUCGAUGGCCUUCUUUAGCAACACAAAAUGUGCAUUACAGCAGUCUAAGUGACUGAAAACGUGUCAACUAUAUCAAACAAAAUAUGUCAUACCUGGUAUAUUCUUUAUUAUGUAAAUAAAACAUUCUAUA